AGUCAUUCCAAAGACACGAAGCCAGUUUAUUCGUCAUUCUCGCAAAAGCAGAAAAAUCUUUGAUAGAAAAUAUAGUGGUGUUUUAUCGAAUAUUAAUAACCAGUCAGUAAAUGACGUUUGUGAUUUCGAAACGUUGAUGAUUUAUCAACUACAUUGAUUGAGGAAAUCCGUGCCGAAAAGGUUCUUCAAUGUGGUGCACCUGUCUCGUCCGAUUAGGCAGGCGGUCGCAGUGUUGAAAACGAGUUCCGUGGAGUGUGUGGGGCAAGGUGUCGAAUCCGAUGGGUCAAGGAGAUACAGUGCUGUUUUUGCGUAUGCAGGAAUUAGGCAGUUUUUUUUCUGUGUAGGGAAUCCACACUCUUUGUGCGUUUUUACAAAGAUUUAGUGGGAUUUUCAUGAGCUUGGAGAUGAUCCAAUGUUGCCACAUUAAUCGAACUCAAUAGUGAUUUUUACGAAAGAACAACACAUAAACUAGGUCAUCCAAAUCAUUGGCUGUUAAUUGCACAACCAAUAGUGGAGUAGCUCGGUGGAAUAGUGUAAUAACACCAUCAACAAAUUAUUGAUCCAUCUGAAGGACUUUCGAGAACGCGAAGCCAGUGAACGAAGAGAAGCCUGGUGGUAGAUAAUCUACCCCGCAAGAACACAUAAUAAUCGAUGACAUGUAGUACUCGUAGUAAUAACAGCCGCAACCCUUCCGACUGAUCGAUUCGAUGGCACAACUGCAGCAGCUAGUAAUAACAAGAUUACAUAAUUUUUUGUUGAUGUUUUUCCUUGGCUGGCACUGGCUCUGAGCGGACCCGUGUUCGUGUGGUGAACAAGUGUUUUGGCGAGGAGCAAAUAAGAAUCAUCUCAGCACGGCUACAGAACGCAACGAAACGCAACAAUGGCCCGCAGUGGAGGUACCAAAUGUCCUCAUCUGGAUAAUGUCGUCCAUCUCUCGUUGGUGGAGCUGUGCAAACUAAAAAAGGGAGAGCCAUGUACGGAGUGCGACGCGAAUGGCCCGAAUCUAUGGAUCUGCCUGCAGAAAAAUUGUCUCCACAUCGGUUGCUCGGAACAGUACAACGACCACAGCACGACCCAUUUCCAGACGAAUCGCUCUCAUUGCAUCCACAUGAACCUGUCCUCUCAGCGAAUAUGGUGCUACAUGUGCGAGUUCGAGGUGUUCCUGAUGCAGCAACAGCAACAGCAGCAGCAGCUGAGACGAACUUCGGUGGUUAGUAAUGACUCGAGCGACGCCAGCCGGUACUCGGUUAACAACAACAACGAGAAGCUGCUAAUGUAUGGUGAUCGGACCAGCGGGAUUGGGGGUGGUGAAUCGUGCGACAGCAGCUGCGAGGAAGAUGAAUUUGAAAGACACGGCAAAUGGAAUGGAUUGGUCGGGUUACAGAACAUAGCGAACACUUGUUACAUGAACUCGGCCAUUCAAGCGCUUAGCAACAGUCCCCCGUUGACGGGAUAUUUUUUGGAUUGUGGGUCGAUCAUUGAAACGGAUUUACUAGGCAAUCAAACCGUCUCGAAGCCGGGAUUGGCUAAACAUUACCAUAAACUGAUAAAGGAAAUGUGGUGUAAAAAUCGGCGGUAUGUUGUACCGAGUGGAAUUCUGUACGGGAUACGCAUUGUUCAUCCCAUGUUUCGAGGCUACCAGCAGCAUGAUACGCAGGAGUUUCUUCGCUGCUUCAUGGACCAGUUGCAUGAAGAGCUGAAAGAAGUUAUUCAACCACCACCGGAGCGACUCUCACUGCAGGGUAGAAAUGAUGGCGAUGGCGAUGACCAAUCGCCAUGCCCUUCGCCAUCGCCAUCACAGUCGGAAGCGGAAUACGAAACAUGCGAUAGCGGAGUUUCUGAGCAAUCAAGUCUGUCGGAUGACAUUUCGGUCAUUAACAAACGGACUAGGAUGGUAUCAAGAUCUCCUAGUCCCAGUACAAACCAAAGAAACCCUACGUCAAACAGCCGGCAGCAAUCACCGAUCGGCAGCAAUAGAAGUAAUUCCAGCAGUAGUGGAAGCAUGUCUUCAAUGCAACAUCAGCAGCAGCAGCAGCACCAGCAACAACAACAACAACAACAACAACAACAACAACAAUCUGGCUCAAACGAGCAGCACCAACAGAAAUCUUCAAAGGACAAAAUGCCGGAACGGUCCAUUAUCAGUGAUAUAUUUGACGGAAAGUUAUUGUCAUCGGUGCAGUGCUUGACGUGCGAUCGCAUCUCAACCCGCGAAGAAACAUUCCAAGAUCUAUCGCUUCCCAUUCCAGGCAAGGAUCAUCUUGCAGUGUUGCACCAAAACCACCCUGGAAUGCCGAACUCCGCUCAUCCUUCGCCACCGGUGAGUGGAAGUAGCAGCGGAAUAACAUGUUCCGAUGCGGUCUACCCGGUAACUAGUGACAGCUGGAUGUGGUGGUUUUGGAAUUGGCCUUUCUGGAGCUGGAUUCGAUCCUGGUUCUGGGGACCAGCCGUUUCCCUGCACGAUUGUAUGGCAGCUUUUUUCAGUGCGGAUGAACUGAAAGGGGAUAAUAUGUACAGCUGUGAAAAGUGUAACAAACUUCGCAAUGGGGUGAAAUUUUCCCGAGUACUUGCGCUACCGGAGAUGUUGUGUGUCCACUUGAAACGAUUCCGCCACGAUUUGUCGUAUAGUUCGAAAAUUUCCAGUCCGGUUCAUUUCCCACUGAAUGGAUUGGACAUGAGGCCGUAUUUACACAAAGACUGCAAAUCGGAAGUAUCUACGUACGAUCUUUGUGCGGUCAUCUGCCACCAUGGUACGGUCGGAGGGGGCCACUACACCAGCUUUGCCAAACAUGAUCCCACUGGGAAGUGGUUCGAGUUCGAUGACCAGCUGGUAACGCAGGUCAGUCCGGAGGAUGUGCAGAACUGUGAGGCUUAUGUGCUUUUCUAUCGUAAGAAUAACUCCAAAAUGACAACGAUUAGAGCUCAGGCUAGUGAUUUGAUUAGCGUUCAGGAACAUGCAUCCGACAUAAGGUUCUACGUGUCCCGGAACUGGCUGCAUAGAUUCAACACAUUUGCUGAACCCGGACCCAUCGAUAACUGGACGUUGCUUUGUCCGCAUGGAGCGUUCCCACCGCAUAAAGCUCCAUAUUUUUCCAAAUUGGUAGUGCCAAUUCCGCAAACGUUGUGGGACUUUCUGUACAAAAAAUUCGGUGGAGGACCGGUCUGCAAUCAUAUAUUUCCUUGUCAUAUUUGUAAGAAAGCGGCCGAAUCGUUGUCCCGAAGGCAACGAGCCGAGCUGGAAGCAUUUACCGCUUGCAAUGACGAGUAUCAGUACAACGAAACCCCGACCACCAUUUAUGCAAUUUCGAUGGCAUGGUUCCGUCAGUGGCAACUGUUCGCGCGGGGUGUCACCACUGACGAGCCUGGACCGAUCGAUAACAAAACCAUUGCCAUUCCGGGCGACACGAGCGUUCCGCUUCGAAGUGUACGGCAAGGAUCGGACUAUGCUCAGAUAAAUUCCACUUUGUGGCACUUUUUCCACGGGAUCUACGGUGGAGGACCGGAAAUCGUACUCCGGGGAAACCCAGUGCCACCACCGGAGCCAAAGAUGUCGAAACAGGCCAAGGAGCGCGAAAUUGAACCAAUGGAUGUAGGGGAACCAGCUCCGCCGGCGAAAUCCACCACCACGACCAGUGGAAAACAGCAACAGCAGCAGGAUCCAGCUGUCGAGGUACCCGCUGAAGUUCCUUCCAGUACAUUCAAUACGCAGUCGACGAAACCGCAAAAAAGUGUAUCCUUUGAGGACAACGAGGGGUAUCACGAAAACGAUGGAGAUUUUAACGAAUCUUCGCGGUCGGUUCAACUGAAGCGGAAGCAAAUGAAGCAACAGAAGGAACAGUCAAAGGAAUCGAAAAAAUCCGAAUCGGAUAGCGCCGACGGGUUGGUGACCUACCUGCGGCGAAAACAACUCAAGCAUCAACAGCACGUGGCGGCUGCUAACCAGGGGGCAGGCGGUGAUAGUAAUUCGGACUCUUUGGAGAUUGGCAGCAGAAAGGACAGGCGACAUCGAACGGGGAUGAAGUCUAAUGGAUUCUUCGGAGCGGAGGGAAAAUAUCAAACCGCAAGCACCGACUCCGGUAACGGUACCAUGCCUCGGGCUGAGUCGUUUUCUCAGCCUAUAUCGAAUGGAACCAAAGUCAAUUACAGCAACCUGAGCGGCUCUUCGUCCGCUACGGCGUUCUCAAACUCAGUGGAUGACUCCCACAGUGCCAACACCAUAGAACCUACCACCGGUGGAAAUGCUUCCAAGUCGGUUGAUGAAAUUAUGCCUCUGCUGAAUCAAACGAGCAUCAACAGUAGUAGCCACCACAGCGCGUCGGUCGACGAGGAUGCCUCGGUCGCCGACGAGAGCGAUAGCAACGAAGGACCAGUGACGGUGGCAAAAGAUCGCUUGCAUAGUUCUGGCCGCAGCAAAGGCCAUGGACACCGAAUUAGCCAACAGCAGCCGGAAGCAGAGAAUGGCCAAAGCGAACGCGGAAUGAUGUCGUUCAGUAGGAAGAAGCUUAAGUCCAAAUACAUGAAGAGCAAGGCAGCGAAAGCUGGGCUCGUGCUUGACGGUGCCAAUGGACAAAUUUCCACCGGAGCAAAUGCCAGUGAUAGCGAGAAAUGAGUAAAGCAACCGCUUCGUCGUUUCCGUUUUCUGCCAUUCUCUUGAUAGUCUGUUAUCGCUUUUGGGAUAGGUUUGUUCAAGAUACGUGUAAAUAAUAUCGUACAUUUAUGCCUGGCAUUUUCAGUUGUUAUUUUUCGUGCGCAAGGGUUAUCCUCUACUUCUUUUUCUCGGAGGGGUAUUUUUCCUUUAAGUUAUAAAGAUAUUUCACGCCAUAGGGAUUAAAAGAAUGCAGUUCCGUUUUAAUGUUAUUUCAUCACUUGUUUUAAUGCUGGCUGUUUUUUUUUUUAUUUUGAAGAAAAUUGUGAAACGAUGUAUUCGGUAUGUUCGAAAAGCAAUUCAUAGGUGAAAGAAGCGAAAUUUCCAAAUUGGAUUACUAUUUAAAAUGGUAUACAUUACAUCAAUAGCGUAGUAAGAUGUUCAUUGAAUUCUUUUCCAAACCAUCGACUAAUUGAAUAAGUGAAAAGGUAUUAAAGUUUUGCUCACUUUGGAAAAAAAACGAAAUAAAUUUUUGACCACCAUCAUCGGUAUCAAUUCAAAUUAGAACACAAUGAAAUCGUAGUGCAACACCAACAAUGGCACUUUUUCGACUAUUCGCACCAAGUUUUGCUUUGCAGAUAGAUUUCGCAUUGUGUUGAACUGAAAACAUGAAAGUAAUGCCGCGGAUGACAAACUAUGAGCAUGAGCAUUAUUUGUAUAAUAAUUAUGAGCACUAUUACAACAACUAUACAAAAGCUAUACAAGUGUGAGCAUGGAUGUGCUCAUAAUUUAUUAUACAAAUAAUGGUCAUGUUCAUAGUUUGUCAUACAAGUGUAUCCGAGGCAUAAGAUUGCAUGAUGAUAACAUUUUCUCGACCUUAAAAUAAAUUUAAAAACC